AUGGACUUUGUGGAAAUUAUCUUCGCGUUGUUCAUCAUUGUGGUCGCAAUUGUCUCGUUGUUGUCGAAUUUACUGGUGCUGCUAUGUUUUGUCCAGAGCACCGAGAUCCGCCGACAGGUGCCGGGAAUAUUCACCAUGAACCUGUCUUUCUGCAACAUACUUAUCACCCUUUUGAACAUGCCAUCGACAUUGGUGGGGAUUGUCGGAAACCAGAAGCCUUUUGGGGAUUGCCUUUGCCAUACAGUGAGCUUUCUGGAGACCUUUUUGACUGCGAACACUAUGUUGAGUAUGGCAGCACUCAGUAUAGACCGGUGGAUAGCGGUGGUCUUUCCCUUGAGUUACUCCAGUAAAAUGCGCUACAAGGACGCAGUGAUCAUGAUGUGCUACUCGUGGUUCCACUCCCUAACGUUUUCCGUAAUCGCCCUCCUGUUCUCCUGGGUUGACUAUAGCCACAUAUACGCCUCGUGCACCUUGUAUUUGAGCAAGGAGAGCGACAGGAUAAAGUUUACAAUUUUCACCUUCGUUUUCCACGCCACUAGUUUCAUGCUCUCCCUGCUGAUCCUGUGCUUCACCUAUCUGAAGGUGUUAAAAGUUGCACGCUUCCACUGCAAGAGGAUUGACGUUAUAACCAUGCAGACCCUGUUCUUGCUGGUGGAUAUUCACCCAAAGUACGUAUGUUCCUUUACUUAUGAGGUGUGCAAUGAAUAGCCGUUACAAUGGGCUGUAAUAACUUUACAGUAGUCUAUGAUAAGAGGUUAUAGUGUCAACCCUGAGGAAACAUGCUUAGAAGAAGGUGUUAGACAAAUUUAAAGUAAUAUUACAUGUAUCAUGUUUUGUCAUUUGUUCUGCUGGACUAAUAUCAGUUAAUUUAUAUUUUCAGUGUGAAACAAAGGUGCCUGGUAGAGCAAAAGCGGAGGAAACAGAGAGCCACCAAGAAAAUCAGCAUUUUCAUUGGGUCGUUCAUCAUCUGUUUUGCUCCCUAUGUAAUUACGAGGUAAGUGGAUGUCCAGUAAACUGCGAUACAGGCAGCUGAACAAACAGGUGUUUUAUUCACCUACUGUAAACACAAACUAUUAAAGGGGUAUUAUAGGGUUUAUGAGAUUAACACAUCACCAGGUGAACAGACAUUGCUCAUAAAACUCAGUUAAUGAACAGUAAAGAUAUAGGCUAUAAUCAAAGGGUAUAUACUGAUUGAACAAAGUUCUGUUGAAAGGUGAGGCAAUAUGCAUGCAAGGUUGAGCAAUAUGCAUGCACAAUGAGGAUUUUUUUGUGUUUAUGACAAUGAUCUCCAUCUGUAACUGAAACGUCCUUCAUUAAACAAUCCAUUAUCUGUUAUGUAAUUUCACUGAACCAUGAGAUGAUAUUUAUCACACAAAGAUACUUUAAUUUCCAAGAAUGCACAGCAUGACCUAGAGCAGUGGUUCCCAACUCCAGUCCUCGAGUACCCCCAACAGUACACAUUUCUAUUGUAUCCCCAGACAAGAACACCAGAUUCAACUCAUCAACUAAUCAUCAGGACCUCAAUUAGUUGAAUCAGAGUUUUUUUUGUCCUGGGCUACAACAAAAAUGUGUGCUGUUGGGUACUCGAGAACUGGAGUUGGGAACCACUGGUCUAGAGGGAAUGCAGCAUUGUAGUUAUGGGCAGGUGCCUGACUAGGAAUAACAGGGGUUCCAUAGAACUCCACAUACAUUCAAGAGGAGUGUUUUUAGAUGCAUCAGUCUAGAACUUUACUUCAGAGCAAUAGAAAUUCCUCAGGGAACAUUACAUGAAAUCUGAUGCAGGUGUGGUAUACAGUACUGGGCGAUAGUUUAGAUCCCUCAAACUCAACUCUGGACCUUGAAGCCAGUUCCACUACUUGUUUUAAUUGUUCCCCUCUAAUCAGGGACUGGUUUAGACCUGGCACACCAGGUGAGUGCAAUUAAUUAUCAGGUAGAAGAACAGAAAACCAGCAGGCUCCGGACCUCGUAGGGUAAGAGUUAAAUACCCCUGGUUUAGAUAGUGUGUGGGCCUUUAGACCCCACCUGACCCCACCUGAGAGGUGGGGUCUAGAGGGGGGUGGGGGUGGAAUAACGAAACAAAUUAAUGAGGAAAACUGUCACAGUAAUUGGCAUGACCUUUAACCCCCUGUGCACACAAUGGAAACAGUCGGAAUUGGUUGAUGAAGGGGAAAUUGCUGCUUAUUGACAGGAUUUAUCCUAUGUCACUCAACUGCAUGCAUAAUUAGCAUUUAUGCAUACCAGUGGUCAAUAUUAAUGUAGCAAUGUUCAUCGUAUACAUAUUUCUUAUGAAUAUAUAUUUUCUGUACAUUAUUAUUACCUUUAGUAUAAUGCUAGUCGGCCGAUCAAUAAAGCCACAUUUAUUCUAUUCUACUUUGCAACCUCAGAGCCUCAUGGCAUUUCAUAGAAUAACAACUGAAUUAUCACUAAACACUCUCGAAAGCAAACAGAACAACUCGCUGCAAGAUAAAUACCAUGCUUUGAAAAUCGGAUAACAAUUGCCCUUUCUAAAAGGCUAUUUUCUGAACUCUAACUUGGCCUCUGCCUUCUCCUCAGGCUGACGGAGCUGCUUCCCUUCGUGGGCAUCAAUCGCCACUGGGGAAUCUUUAGUAAGUGCCUGACAUACAGCAAGGCUGCGUCCGACCCCUUUGCCUACUCCCUCCUGCGUCAACAGUACAAGAAGGUCCUGGUUACCGUCAUCAACCGGCUGCUGCGCCGUGACCUGUACCCAUCGUCUGGCCACAACAGCUCUCUGGACACAGAGAACGACUACUCUCUCCAGAGGAUCAGUUAAUAUCAUAAUUUUGGACAUAACAAAUAUACCACAGACAGACAGCCCAAAAAUAAAGGUUUCCU